AUGUACCUGCUGUUCCUCAACGAAACUAGCAGGAUUUCUAGAUUCUGGCCGAUCCUGACGACGGUGGGCAACCACGAAAGUACACUCCCUAAGAGCAUGUACCUCUUCGAGAACAGCUUCGUCAUCGGCCGCCUCUCCACUGCCGACCACAUCUACGAGAGAGUGCAGACCUAUAGAUUCGUCAACCGCACCACCUUCGUCUUCUUCGACCCCUUCCUCGAAAUCUACAACAAUAGCUCCCCCCAGAACUACUCUGUCAUGAAGACUUCCAUCCAGCAGCACCUCAUCGAGGCCAGAGAGAAGUUCCCCGACGAGUUUGCCAUCAUGGCUUCGCACUAUCCAGUCAUGUGCUCGCAGGACGAUCCGCACUGCAGGGAUGCAAUGAAGAAUAUGCCCGAUCUCUACGAGUGGCUCUCCACUCCCUACAAGGGCAAGGGACUCGUCGAUCUCUACAUCGGCUCCCACAUGCAUCAGUACGAGCGUAUUUGGCCCUUAGUCAACAACAAGUUCGUCAAUGAGUCUUCUCCCUACUACCGCGGCAGACUGGCCAACUUCGUGGAGGCGGUGGGCGGAGUUAACUACUUCAUCAUCGAGAAGUACUACUAG